GAAUUUGCAAAUACUUAAAAAAUCUCAUGCCUACCCCACCAAGGCCCGUUCUUAUAUGUUCCAAACAAUCUGCACGUUACGUCCCGCUCUCCCUUCACUUCAUCACUCACACUCCAUUGAUUCACAUUCACUCACUGAAAUACACUCUCCCAUAGAAAAUAUCUUCAAUUUUCAUUAAACAAGUUCAAGAUUUUUGCCUACGAUUCUUUGCUACACAGACAAGGUAAGAGGGUUUUGAAUUUAGGGAAGGGUCUUUUUCAGAUCUCUUUUUCUAGCAUUUUUCUUAUGGCAGAUUCAAGAAAGUACAUUUCUAGUGAGGAACUGAAGAAUCACAACAAACCAGGGGAUCUGUGGAUAUCCAUUCAGGGUAAGGUGUAUGAUGUAUCAGAUUGGGUGAAGGAACAUCCUGGUGGUGAUUUCCCACUGUUAAAUCUUGCUGGACAGGAUGUUACUGAUGCAUUUGUUGCAUUUCAUCCUGCUACUGCUUGGAAGUAUCUUGACAAGUUCUUUAAGGGGUUUUACCUCAAGGAUUAUUCUGUUUCUGAGGUAUCUACGGAUUAUAGAAGGCUUGUGUCUGAGUUCACUAAAAUGGGGUUGUUUGAAAAGAAAGGCCAUGUUUGUUUAUUCACCAUGUUCUUAAUGACAAUGUUGUUUUCCUUAAGUGUUUAUGGAAUCUUGUAUUGUCAUGGUGUGUUGGCACAUUUGAUAAGUGGUGCCUUGAUGGGGUGUCUUUGGAUUCAGAGUGGGUGGAUUGGUCAUGAUUCAGGGCAUUAUCAGGUGAUGAGCACUCGCGGAUUCAACAGAUUUGCUCAAGUCCUUACUGGGAAUUGCCUUGCUGGAAUCAGCAUUGCUUGGUGGAAGUGGAACCACAAUGCUCACCACAUUGCCUGCAACAGUCUUGAAUAUGACCCUGAUCUUCAACACAUGCCAUUCUUUGUGGUAUCUUCCAAGUUUUUCGACUCACUCACUUCUUAUUUUUACGAUAGGAAGAUGAAUUUUGAUUCUUUUACUAGAUUCUUGGUUAGUCAUCAACAUUGGACAUUUUAUCCUGUUAUGUGUUUUGCUAGAAUCAAUUUGUUUGCUCAGUCAUUCAUAUUGUUGUUAUCCAACAAAAAUGUGCCCCAUCGAGUUCAGGAGCUUUUGGGGGUGGUUUCUUUCUGGAUUUGGUAUCCGUUGCUUGUUUCUUUCUUGCCAAACUGGGGCGAAAGAAUUAUAUUUGUUCUUGCUAGUUUCACAGUGACUGGAAUUCAGCAUGUUCAAUUCUGUUUAAACCAUUUCUCAUCUGAAAUUUAUGUUGCACCACCUAAAGGAAAUGAUUGGUUUGAGAAGCAAACUAAUGGCUCUCUCGACAUAUCAUGCCCUAGUUGGAUGGAUUGGUUUCAUGGUGGAUUGCAGUUUCAGAUUGAGCAUCAUUUGUUUCCUAGAUUACCAAGAUGCCAACUGAGGAAAGUCUCUCCCUUUGUGAAAGACCUCUGUAAAAAGCAUGGUUUGCCUUACAGUUGUGUCUCCUUCUGGAAGUCUAAUGUUUUGACCAUCAGCACCCUCAGAGCUGCAGCUUUGCAGGCUCGGGAUUUAACUAAGCCUGUUCCAAAAAAUCUAGUUUGGGAAGCCGUCAACACUCACGGUUGAGACUGAGGAGCUCAAGGAAAUCCAUGGUAUAUCAUUUCCUCAUGAUCGAUGGAUUGGAGAAAAGUGCUGCUAUAUGUAUUAUUUAUUUCUAGUAUUGAUCAAUUGUAACAACAAUAAUCUGCAUCUCCGUUUUACUGGGAAUGAAUAUCUUUGUAAUAUCUAAAGAGAACAAUCGUAUUGUGUCAUUCUAUUAAGGCUUACUUACUUGUAUUUGAUCUUAGAUAACGACAAAAAAGUUCAUAUUGUCCCUCCCAGGUUCGAUUUAAUGUAUAAUAUCACCAAACUAGUAGCUUUGCAGGUUACUGCAGAACUUGUUUA